AUGGCUCCUCCGCCCUCGCCGCCGCCGUCGACGCGGCCCCAGAAGAAGCAGCAGGCGCCGCAAGAGGCCAUUGACGAGUUCUGGACCAAGUUCACCACCAAGACGCCCGGCAAGGCGACGAGGGUGAUCCCCCAGAAUCGGUUCGUCGACAGGGUGACCAAGAAGAGUGCCGAGGGCACCACCGCGGACGGCACCUCGACGUCGGCGACUGCGUCUUCGUCGGCCUCUGGGUCUAACAGGACCACGACCCAGACCAGCUUCGACGACGCCGCGGCUAUGUGCCGCGCCAAGGUGGCCAAGAUCGUCAAGGAGUGCCGCCGCGUCAACAAAAAGUACCGCGACCCGCACUUCGACCUCGAGUCGGACCUCAAGCUCGGCCGCCGCGACACCCUCGAGUCGCUCGGCAACAUCCGCGGCGCCCGCAAGCCCCCCGGCAGCGACUUUUGCCCCCGCAGCGCCAAGCGCGUCACCGAGAUCUUCGACAAGCCGCAGUUCUACAUCGAGGGGCCGACCGCAAACGACGUGAGGCAGGGCCGCGACGGCGACUGCUGGCUCAUGUCGGCGCUGUGCACCCUGAGCAACAAGAAGGGCCUGAUUGAGAGGCUCUGCGUGGCGCACGACCAGGCCGUCGGCGUGUACGGCUUCGUCUUCCAUCGCGAUGGGGAGUGGAUAUCGGAGAUUGUGGAUGACUUUCUCUACCUCACAAAGUCCGACUACGACGAGAGCUACACCGACAGGAUCCUCUUCGACGAGUGCGAGCGCGUCAACCCCGAGGAGGCGUACCGCAGAAUCUACCAGUCUAACAGUGGCUCCCUGUACUUUGCCCAGUGCGAGCAUCCUCAGGAGACUUGGCUUCCGCUCCUAGAAAAGUGCUACGCAAAGGCCCAUGGCGACUACGCUGCCAUCGAGGGAGGAUUCGGAGGCGAGGGAAUCGAGGAUCUGACCGGCGGUGUCACUUCGGAAAUCUUUACCACCGACAUUCUCGACAAGGAGCAAUUUUGGAGCGAGCUUCUCAGGGUCAACCAAGAGUUCCUAUUUGGCUGCAGCACCGGGGUGUGGGGAGAGUCGACCUGGGGCGAGCGCAAGGGCAUCAUGGAACGUCACUCGUACUCUGUCCAGCGAGCCGUCGAGAUUGACGGGAAGCGCCUUGUCCGCCUCAAGAACCCAUGGGGCAAGGGCGAAUGGAAGGGUCCUUGGAGCGAUGGAUCCAAGGAAUGGACUCCUGAAUGGCUUGAGAAGCUCGGGCAUCGCUUCGGUGACGAUGGAGAUUUCUGGAUAGCAUACGAAGACCUCCUGCGCAAGUACCAAGCCUUUGAGCGGACUCGGCUGUUUGGCGAGGAAUGGAGCGUUACCCAGAUCUGGACCACACUCAACGUGCCGUGGAUGGUAAACUACCACGAUACCUACUUUUCACUGUCCAUAUCGAAGCCUGGCCCUGUUGUCCUGGUCCUGUCCCAGCUUGAUGACCGAUAUUUCCGUGGAUUAGAAGGGCAAUACCGCUUCGAGCUGGGCUUUAGGCUCCACAAGACUGGCCACGAGGACUAUAUUGUGCGCAGCCAGACACCCUACCGCAUGCGCCGCUCCGUCAAUGUCGAGCUGGAUCUGGAGGCCGGCGACUACGAUGUCCGUAUCAAGAUCGACGCAACCCGCUACGAGGAUCUGUUGCCCAUUGAGCGAGUCGUUCGCGACAACGCCAAAGACUGCCGGGAGAAGCUCACCCGUAUUGGACUCGCCUACGACCUGGCGCACGGCAAGGGAAAGGUUCUCGAGACGCCCGAGGAAAAGGCCUCACGCAAAGCUCACGAGAAGAAGCAAAAGGAAAAGGUGCGACAGAAGAUCAAGAAAGACAUACAGAAGAGCCGGGAGGAGCAGCAUUACCUCAAGAAGAAGCAGUACGAGCGGGAUGUCGAGAGGCAGAAAAAGGCGCAGAAGCAGCGCAAGGCCAAGAUGGCGGAAAUGAACGCCAAGAGGCGCGAUGCCGGCAUGGAUCCAAGGGCCGGGCCGCCGAAUGUUAUGCCCCGGCAGGGCAUGAACGGCAGAGGGCGAGGUCGACGGGGUGGUUGGAGCCCUGGUCCCUUUGUCAACGAGACGUCUGCCGAGCCAACGCCAGAUGGCACUGUAACGCCUGCGAACGAGGAGACGAAGCAGGCCCUACCUCCUGCAGAUGAUGCGGCGAAGUCGGCGAAGGAGGUCCAGCCGUUCAGGAACCGAUGCAAGAAGCACCUCAUCAGCAACAUCAACCAGUGCAAGCGCCGCAUCUUGGUCAGGGGCCGACGCAGGAAGCUCUCCAUCCACAGCAUCAGCCUGGGCCGACGCAGGAAGCGCCCCAUCCUCAGCAUCAACCAGCAUAUGGGCCGCGCCUGGCUCAGGGGCCGACGCAGGAUGCAUCCCGGCCAAGGCAGCAGCUGGUACAUCGGCCGCAGCUGGCUCAGGGGCCGAGGCAGAAUGUACCGCCGCAAAGAACUGCUGCGCGUCGGAUCAAUGAGCCACGGUCAGUCUCGCGUCCGAACGAAGGAAUGCGAAUGCGAGUUCUACGAGGGCCCGUUCGACGAAGAAGACUGCGAGUCGGAGAGCGAUCCUUGCUUCGACGACUUCGACUCACUCUCGGAGCUGUCUGAGCGGGAACUUGACCUCCAAGUCGAUAACAUCCGACGCAUGGAAAACAGUCGCCCUCCGCCUCCUCCACGUGAGGGCCAACCUCCCGAGGAGGAACCCGACGAGUUUGAGCGCGACCCCUGGAACGCGGUUGCCGUUGUAGGUCUACGUGUGUACCACAAGUCGGAGUCGACCCUGUCGAGCUCCGAAGUGCCUGUCGAAGCGGGUGACGAUACACCUGCUCAAGGCGAGAGUACAGAUGUUCAAGCCAAGGACACGCCUGCCCAGGAAGACAUCGUCAAGCUCAAGGUUGUGCGCCCGAACCCGUACGCCACGAGGGACGAGAUCGACGAGGAGGAGAAGAAGAGCAAGGAACUGGACGUGGACGACAGCGCCAAGGAUGCGACCCUCGUGGGCGGCGUGACGGAUCGCAAGAAGAGCAUUAUGGGUAACAACCGGAAGUCCUCGUGA